GUGUCAUACAAUACAUAGCCUCUUCUUCUUUCUCUUCCUCUCCCCUCAUCAAAAACAAAACACCGUCACUCCCAAAAGUUACCACUCAACCACCUUCAUCGAUAGUACAAAACCAACCCCCAUCACCACCGACCAUGCCCUCCCCCUCAAUAACUAUAACAGACCACCUCCCGCCACUCCUCAAAACCGUCCUCCCAACAACCAACAACAACACCACCACCCACAGCCGUCUCGCCCUCGCCGCAACAGCAACAGCCGUAACCGGCCUCGCCACCGCCCUCCUCCUCCCCCGCAUCUACAACGACUACCUUACCUACAUCUCCUACGGCCCCGGCGGCACCCCCCACAAUGUCCUCGGCUGGCUCAUAGCGACCCUCGCCCGGCCCUUCGGCCGCGAAAUGCUCUCCACAGAGCCUUACGAUCGACGGAUCCUCGCCGACGGGGAAACAAAGAGCUACCUCGCGGGCAAAGAUUUGAUCAGACGACAGGAGCGGCCCGCGAUGGGGUGGCAUGUUGUGCCGCAGCGGCAGUUGAGUGAUUUUGCUCCGGGGGAUAUCCGUGAGAAACUAAUCAACGAAUUCACCGCGCUGGCCGCUCAAAACCCCCACCUCACCAAACUAGCCCCCUCCAACCUCGAAGCCCACGCCGACGGCCUCUUCGUCGCGGACGGAGUAGUACUACCAGGUGCGAGAAAACAGCUCCUUAAGGGCGAGAUCGCGCAUAUACACCGCAUGAAGGACGCUUCCGUGCAUGUUUUGCUGGCGCCUGCUGAUUGUAAGAAGGUUUUCGAGGCCGGUUGGGGCCAGCGUCAUCCGCUAUCCGGUGUUGGUUCACCUAAGGCUUUGGGGGGAGGGGCGUUGAUUCUUCCCGCUGAGUACGUCUUUGUGUAUGCCCCACGGACGGAGGAGGAAUUGAUGCUUGUCAUGGAUAUCGUCAGGGCUGGUGUGGCGUAUACGACGAACUCGGAUGAAGUCCACUAAACCUGUAGAGGGUCAUGAAUGAACAGGGGCAAGGAGGGAAAGGGGGGUGGGGAUUCCCGCCUACGGAGCACUACGGGUUCGAUAGCCCGCAUGUCUAUCAGCAGAGGCCCGUAAUGCGAUGGUUUUUGACAUGCUUUAAACCCCACUGUGUACACUAUUAUGACGUCUUAGGACCCAUCUCCUCUCUACCGCUGAAUCUUCUGCGGUAUAUCAAGUCCCAAUAAACAUGGAAAUACACGGCGUAAUGAAAGCAAAGCAGCAAAGUGCAUAUCCACA